UACCAUGGAAGCGUGGAUAGCUUCUACUAGAUCCGGGGGUUGGCCGCAGCGACAAUAAUAUUUAGGAAAUAGCUUUUACUGUGCAUGUUUUGUUACAGCGAAUGGAUAUUAAACUAGUAUAUGCUGUUAGUGAAAUAAUAUAUAUAUAUAGUGUGUGUGUAUAUAUAGCUAUAUUACGUGUAGUGUGUGUAUUUGACCAAGAACACCCGCACGGAGCCGCGGUGGUUUGGCGCUGCUAAUGCGCGCGAGUUUUCAAAGUGGGGAAGUCUUUAAAGUGAGCACUCAACAGGCAGCUAGCCGGAUGCUGCUACGGUUAGCUCUGUAAAGUUACCUCACUAAGGUUUACCAGCACUACUCAGCCACAGGACGCGCACAAGCUGUUAUUGUCUAACGAAUCCACAUCUUUGUUUAAACGCGUUGUGUUUCAAAGCAUGUCUAGGUUGUUUUUAAGUUGUUGUUGCUGGGCUCGUUGUUGCUAAGGCAAGCUAACAGGAAGCUAGUCAGCUAGCUGCUGUGUGAUGUAAACAGUGAUGUGGCUGUUUGCUAAUAACGUCACUUAAAGACUGGAAUAACACACUCACCAAAAGAAGCCCCAUCUAUACUAACAGAGCAUCCUACACCAACAGGCUCUGCGUCAUGUCUAUUGAUUUUGACAGUGCUGCUCUUCAAACCCAGCAUGAUGAAGAAGAAUACGACCAGGAGGACUAUGCAAGAGAGCAAGAGCUGCACAAAUUGCUCACCGACUUGCCCGAUGACAUGCUGGACGACAGCAGAGACUCCUCCUCCCCAGAACAGGAGUACUCUACCUGCAGUAAUAAGAAAACUGGAAAAGGCCCACAGUCCACGUGGACUCAGAAAUGGUCAGAUCAUCCAAGGCCAAUUUCUCAUGAACAGAACUGUGAAGUUGAUUAUGAUCAGCGCUCCCAUGAUGAGUACGCUUUUGGGGAUGGAGCUGUUCAGAUCAAUGGACAUCACCCUCAAAGUCAACCUCCGCCUCGCACCUGGAACCAGGAUCAUCAGUUCACCCAGGGAGAUUAUUCAUACACCAGCGUAGGCACGGAAAAAUCGACAGAGACCAACGAUUUCUCCACAGACGAGUAUGAGUCCAAACCAUAUCCUCAAGGCACUAAUAACGCUGUAAUGUAUAAUGGAGACGGAGGACGCAGAGAUAACCAAAACUACGGGGAUCCCAACAACGGCAGGAACCAUUUUCAAAAUUUAAAAUCUGGCGCAUUGGACAGAGGAGUGGAUCAGCACAAGGCCAGCUACAACCCUCACCAUCCUGCCCAUCAGCCAAAGAUGUUCAACUCACAGGCCGUUCACCAAGAGGGCCAAUUCGACCAUCUGCAAAGAGAAUUCCUCGACUCGACACAACAAACUGCUGAUAGAGAGCAGCUUGCCCAGCUGCAGAUUUUAAAUAAGGCUCAGCAGAGGCAAAUUGAAGACUUGGAGCGAAAACUGGAGGAUUCAAGACGCAAUAUGAGAUAUAUCGAGCAUCAGUUUGCAAUUGCCAAAGACGAAAAGGAUGGCCUAGCAGUAAGCCUAAAGGAAUCCAGUCAUUUAGUUGAAGAGGCCAAGCAGAGAGAGGUUCAAAUGCAAAACAAAGUGAAGGCAAUGGAGCAGCAAGUGCAGGUCCUCACUGAGAGAGACAAGGAGACCAUGAAGAAGCAGAGGGUGGCGGAGGCUGCAGUGGACAGCAUGAAGCAGCAGAUGUUGGAGCUUUGUCGCUCUGACACCCUGUCCAGAACGCGGCAGCAGCACGACAGAGAUCUUGUUGUCAUAAAGGAGCAGCAUGACGCUGCGCUGUUGACACUACAGCAGAAGCUAGACUCUACCGCUCAGGCUCUGAACGAACAGAUUGAUGUUGGUCAGAGGUUACGAGAGCAGGUGAAGCAGCUGGAGCGCCAGAGGGAAGAAGAGCAACUGGAGAGAGCCAGAGUUGUAAACACCCUCUCUCAGCGUCUGGAGGAGAGUCAGCAACAAUGUGCCAAGCUGCUGCAGACAAGUUCAGUGCAGGAAAUGAGUCAGAUACAAAUCAAACUAAAACAAGCUCAAUCAUCCAAGGCACUAAGUGAAAACAUGAACACAGUCUUACAGGAGGAUCUGGCUGAGUUGAAGGAGCAGAUCACGCUGUAUGAAUCUGCUGUGAAACACGGCGUUAUUGCAUUAGACCUGAACAGCGACUGGGACAACCAGCUGUCUGAAUCCUGUGUGGAUUUAGGAUUAAAGAAAACUAACAGGAAAAAUGGCUUGCUUCACAGUGUUGCUCUGGCUCACCUGUCGGACUCCAAGCUGCCCAAAGAUGAAGCUUUGCGGCUGCUGCGAGUGGAGAUGCAGCGCUGCCUGGGUAGUCUGAAGGGGAAGCGGCAGAAGAUCAGUCAGCUGCAGGAGGAGCUCCAGCUCUGUCAGGCUCAAGUGAACGAGCUGCAGACCCAGUUAGAUGAAGCCAAGCUCUGCUCUUCGGUCAGAGAGAGCAGCCAGAUGAAACAUCUAGACAUAACUGGAGAGUCUCAGAAAGAGUUCACGAGAAUACAGGAAGACAAACGACACUUGCAGGAGCAAGUGGAGGUGUUAGAAAAGAAGAAUAAGGAGCUGAAACAGAGUGAGGAGAAGGUGAGGUGUGCCAACUUGGAGCUUUGCACCAAGAUGAGGCAGAUGAUCCAGGAACUGGACCAAGAGAAGCAGGAGGCUGCUGUGAGAGCUGAGCGGAUUCAUCAGCAGUAUAGGGACGACGUGGUGGACCGGGUCAGUACCGAGCUCCUGCUGGAACACGACGCUGAGAUUGAACAGCUGACUGCGCAGCACCAGCAGCAGGUCCAACAGUUACAGACCCAGCUGUCUGAGGCCAACGAUAAGAUGUUGGCCGUGCAAGAGUGUUACAUAUCUGUCUGCCAGGAGAAGGACAUGCUUGAGAAGGAGGAGGCUUUGAUCAGAGUCAAUGAGCAAAAGAUGAGAGAAGCUGUGGAGAAGCUGAGGGCUGAGCUUGAGGCUCAGCAUCAGGCCUCAAUAAACCAGCUCAAAGCUCUCUGGUCCAAAGAAAAGGAGACCGAGAUCCAGCAGCAGGUGGACUCUCAUGUAGCCUUAGCCAAGGCUGCUUGGAAGGAGGAACUACAAAAUAUGGAGAAGACCUGGGUCCAGAGGCUGGAGGAGGCCAGGGGAGAGAAACACAAAGAGACUGCUGAGGCAACCUGUCAGGCAGAUGAGGUUGAGGCCAGCAGUGUGACGAUUACUGUUGAGGAGCUGGACUCCAGACUCAGUGUUCAGAAACAGCAGCUGCAACUGGAGGCCGACAAAGUCAAACGCAAAGCGGUGGAGGAAGCCAGGAAAAAAGCCCAGAGAGAGCUACACAAGAAACACCUGGAAGACAUGGCCAAACAGGUUGAAGGUGCAGUAACCAGGGCCUACAAUCGCUGGAUUGAGGAUUUGACUUCAUUACCAGAAUACCAAACCUCACUCCAAAAAGAGAGGGAGAAAUGGGAAGAACUACAAGAAAAACAGGCCUUAAUGGAGGCUGAGGAGCAGUGGCAUAAGAAGCACAAGAACCAGCUGGAGGAGCAGAGCUCUGGAUCGCAGAAGGUGGAGGAGCUCCAAGAGGAGGUGGCAGCUCUCCAGAGUCAGCUGGACCAAGGGGGGAGCGAGCAAGCUGCCCUGCUGAAGGCUGAGCUAGCCGGAGCGAGAGCAGCCUGGAACCGAGACAAACAACAGGAGAUCUCUGUCAUCCAGGUCCGCAGUGAACAGGUGUACCAAAGCAAGCUGCAAGAGCAGCGCAAAAAGCUGGAGCAGGCUUUGCAGCAGGCUUUGCAGCAGGCCAGAGAGGACGCCGAUCUCCAUAAGAAGGAGCUGCUCCUGCAGAUGGAGGCCAAGCUACAGCAGAGUCUGAGGGCUCGAGAGGAGAAGUGGAGAUGUCACCUUGCAGAGAAGGAGCAGGCUCAGCGAAAGCAGAUGAGAGAUGAAUUACAAGCGGAGCUUCAAACUGGUCUGGCAGAGGUCCAGGCACAACUUCUCAGGGAUCCCAAAACAGAUCAGCAGGGCACUGAAGACACCAGCAGGACCAGUGGAGCCACAGCAGAGGGCACAAUAACACACAUCAUCCAUGUAUCCUGCAAAGACAUAGUCAGCAGGGCAGUAUCUCAAGCCAAGAAGGAAUGGAAGAAAAUAAGUGAGGAGAGACUGAGCCUUGUGUUAAAAGAAACACAGGAGCAGCAUGAGAGAGAAAUCAACAAAAAGCAAAGCUCUUUGUCCCAGAGGAAGGAGCAGGCUGAGACCUUAGGUAAGCUGCAGAAGAAGAACCAGGAGCUCCAGAGACACUUAGAGAAAGCCUGUCGUCAACUCCAGCACAGCGUACGAGAGCACAAAACUGCCAUGAAGCAUCAGAAAGAUGAGCACGAAAGCAGCUUACAAAAGGCAGAAGAGGGACAUCUGCAGCAGCUAGAGGAGGUGAAGAGAGCGUCCUCAGGAAGUUCUGAUCACCAACAAAAUGUUCAGCAAAGCCUCGAGGAGAUGAAGCAACAAUACCUGACGACUGUAGAAAAGAUCAGAGGAGACAUGCUGCGUUACCUCCAGGAGAGUCGGGAGCGAGCAGCAGAGAUGAUCCACAGGGAGGUGCAGAGGGAGAGGCAGGACACUGCCAGAAAGAUGCGGCGCUAUUAUCUGACCUGUCUGCAGGAGUUACUGGAGGAUGGAGGAAAGACUACAGGGGCUGAAAAGAAAAUAAUGAACGCUGCAAGCAAGCUGGCAGCCAUGGCUAAAGUGCUGGAGACGCCUUUCAAAAGUAAAUCUGGAAAGAACUACGGUUUACAAAGUUGUUUGACGGCUGUGACCACAGCUGACUGCGUUCCAGGUAGAAACGCAGGUUUCAGUAAGAACCCGUCAACACUGACUGAGCUCCCUGACGUCAAGCCAGAGGAGAGAUCCCACAGGGAAAAGACCUCCACUGAUUCAGAGCAGAAACAAACCGCUGCAGCGAGGACUAAACCUUUGAGUCACCAGGACAUUUUUGCAUCUGGGAAGGAAGACGCCUCUGUAGAUGCAGGACUGAAACCCCAAACUGUUGCUCACACACACCUCAGCUCUUACAAACCUUCUCAACAGAUGGCUUCUCCAUCCCAGGUGGAUUUUGACAAAGGGUCUAGGAGGAGUAGAAGCAGGGAGCUGUACCUCCAGGGAGUUGAUUCAAGCAAAGCAGACAGCCACCCCGACUCUGAUCGACAGAGUAAACCUUUCCUCACCCAGGAGGUUCCUAUCAGAGAUGAGAAACGGACCGACUGGAGCAUGACCAGUAGUGACUCAGACACAGGCUUCCAGGUUUCCACACUCUCUUACUCUGGGAGACAAGUCGAGCCAGUGAAGCCCUUUUCUAUCUCUGCUGUGUCAGCCAGGGACUCAGGAGAGUUUGGCGGUCUCACCCCAGAUGCUUCUGACCUGACUGUCUAUAAUGAAAUUGCCAAAAAGACACCUAACACCCAGCCUUUGAACUUUCACCUUGCAAAGAUAAAAACCCACAGAGAGCCCACCCCUGGCUCUGAGGCAGAGAAGCAGCAUGGAGUUUGUUCCAGGCCUCUGUUCUCUGAGUUGAGACAACGCCAGCAGGACAGCGGCUUCGACAGUCCAUUCUACCAACAAAAAUGACAAAGUGGAGGGCAGGUAUGAAGUGAAGUAGGGAGACGAGCUUGAAACUGACUUGACAAUUUCAGUAAGCUUACCAAAUAGUGCCUUUUUAAUUCAGUGUAUAAAGUUUACAUGAUGUAGAACCUUUGCCUUGAUAGCUGCUUGCAGUGUCUUUGUGUGUAUGUGUGUUACAUAAACUUUGUUAAAGGAUAGUUUGACAUAUUGGGAAAUGCACUUAUUUGAUUUAUUGCUGAGAGUUAGAUGAGAAGAUUGAUACCACUGUCAUGUUGCCAAGUGAGAAGCUACAACCAGCAGCCGGUUAGCUUAGCAUAAAAACUGGAAAUGGGGAAACAGUCAGCCUGGCUCUGUCCAAAGAUAAGUUUCAGUCUUUUUGCUAAGCUAACCAGCUGCUGGUGGUAGCUUCAUAUUUACUAUACAAACAUGAGUGGUAGCAAUCUUCAUCAUUUAACUCCUGAACAAGAAAGCGAGUAAGCGGAUUUCCCCAAAAUAUCAAACUAUUGCUUUAAUUUGUAGUUUUUCCCAGUGUGAAAGAAGCACUGGUUACAUUGUCUAGAUGUGUUUUGAGGUUAUUUCUUUUGGCCUCUUAUACAUAACGUUUCAACAUUUCAGUCUAGCUUUAAAAAUGCAGCUGCAGGUUUUGUUUCUAAAUAUACAACAAGGGUUUACUUAUUAAGUAAUAAAUAAGUAAACAAAUGUGUGCUUGCUUAGAAGUGAUUCUUAUAUCACAGGUAAGUGCACUUGUAAGAAAAUGUUUAUGGGUCAACAGCCACAGCUCUGCCCACACGGUAAUAUUUAACUUGUGAUACCUCGAGUGACCUAUACUGGCAGGUCACAGUACCCUGUAAGCCUACUGAACCUACCACUGCGUAUCAGGUGCAGGUUUAUACAAAGUUCAUGUCCCCCUGUGCUCUGUUUUCUUUCUCAGUCGGUGUGUUUGUGUUUUUUUAUAUUUUAAAAUAUUUUAUAUCACGUUAAUGAGAUAUGCUGUGCAUAGAUCAUACGUGUUUUUUAUAUAUUGACUUAAUUUGUUUUAAUAAAUUGUAUCAUUUUAUUGCAAA